AUACUCAGUGCGCUAACUCAUUGGCUAAGACUAAUAAUGGUGUCAACACUUGACUAUUGAGGCGUGCUCGUAUUUACGCAAAACAUGAUGACGUCACUAACUCAUGAGCUCAAGUGAAAUUUCACAAAACAGGAAAAGUUUGAAAAUUCCUCUGUUAUUUGCGAAUAGUACCGGAUAUAGCCGCCAAAAUGCUUCAACAAAUCCUACAGGACAUGUACAUUGAUCCUGACCUUCUGGCCGAACUCUCUGAGGAACAGAAACAAAUAUUGUUCUGUAAAAUGAGAGAGGAACAGGUCAGAAGAUACAACGAAUACGAAGAAAAAGUAGAUACUGAAAAAAGAAAACCACCAAGGCCUCGAAAACCAGGUCGGCGAGUAGAGAGGAUUCAGUUCCUGGAGGGGAAAGAUGGCAAUGAAUGGGUUUGGGUGAUGGGGGAACACAAGAAUGACAAACCUAUAGAGCAGAUCAUAGAGGAAGAAGCACAGCUGAAGGCUGCUAAGCUGGCAGAAGUGGAGGCUGAGGAACUAAGAAACCAGGAAGAGACCGAAAUUGCUAAGAAGGCAGCUCAAGAGCAGGCGAGGCUAGAAAGAGAAAAACAGGCACAAGAAGAAGAAUUGAGGCGCCAGGAGGAGGAAGCAAGGUUGUAUCAGACUUUGAAAGAAGCCAAGAUGGCUGAACAGAAACUACAAGAAGAAAGGCGGAAAAGGGAAGAAGAGGAAAAACGAAAGUUGAAAGAGAUUGAGCAAACACAGGUGCUACGUCGAAGAAAAACUCGUGAAAGUGUCAAGCAGUUAAAAGAACGGAGAAGUAGCGACAUCUAUAUGUCAUUUAAAAAAGCUCGCCAAAACUUUGAAAAAACAGCUCAGGAAACCAUGACUAAGGUGGAAGUUGAAUGGAAAGAGAGAGAAAAGAAAGCUAAAGAGUUUGAUGAAGAAAAACGUGCAAUAGCUCGACGUGCAAGAGAGGAACACAGGAAGUCCUUAUCAAUGAAGCAUUCUGGGAAAGUGAUAGGUGCAGUUACAGCAAUGAUGAGACGACACACAGUUGUUGGUGCGCCUCCUCCCAUGACAAGCUCCAACAACAAUAGUCCCGGCAGCAAACCCCGCCCACCUAGACCUGAUGACAGAGACGCUGUCAUUGAUUGGUUCAAGGAUGUAGAAAAACAAAAAAAUGUUGGGAAAGAUCCUAAAACAAGAAAUGUUGAGCCUUGGUUCCAUGGGGUUAUAACACGGGUGGAAGCUGAGAGCCUCUUAGAAAACAAAAGAGUAGGGACAUACCUUGUGAGGGUUAGUGAAAAGGUCUGGGGCUACACCAUCAGUUUCAAGGAUGAAGACAGAUGCAAACAUUUCCUAAUUGACACUUCUGAUGAUAGCUAUCAAUUCUUUGGGACCAAUCAAAUUGCACAUAAAAGUCUUUUAGACCUAGUGGGUUACCAUCAAAAGAAACCUAUUUCUGGUGUGGGCCAAGAAGUCCUGCUGUUCCCCUGCGGUCAGAUGCGAGACCCUCCUGAUUACUAUGAACUUUUUCAAAAUGACAAGGUGGAAGUGACAGCUUUAUAGCGAACCAAUCAAAUACUAGCAUUCCAAUAUAACAAGUAAAUCCAGCUGUUGCCAAUUUUAAAAACUGUACUCUCGCUCAAAGACAGGGAUUACUAAAAGAGAAAGGGACCAUUUGAAUUCAUGCUAUAUUAUUGUUAGCCCUGUCACUGAAAUCUUUAAAAUUGUUAAAUUAAACAAAGUGCAUUU